AUGCUAGCCCUACAUCCUCGACGUCAACACAUUCACCAGCCAUAUACUACCGCCAACUCCCUCCCGUCUCCACCCCCUUCGCAGGCAUCGCUAUACUACGACAACACCGCACCGUCGCACACCAUCGACGAGUCUCUCCUCCACAGUUACCUCGAGUCGCUGCAACCGUUCCAGACGGAAGACACCAUCGAGUCGUCACCCAACGCCGAUUCCAACCAGUACAUGACGGGUACUUUCGAUUUCGCCAACCCUGCGAUCAGGAUCCAGCAGUCGACACCUGUUCCGCAGCUGCCGGCGUACUCGCAGUCCAUGCUGCCCUCCAACAACGUCCAGUCGCUCCAGAACUGGAACUCGUACGAAAGCAAUGGGCAGAUCGAUACGACACACUCUCUCCAGACUCCAGCACAAAGAGCGCACCGCCAGCACCAACGCGCAACGUCGUCCUCGUCGAUAGGAUCAAACGGAUCGCAGUACCACACCGCAGGCCACGCGACCAGCUACCCGUACGUCGCCAACUCCGAGAAUUCGCCUUCAGCUUCGUCAAACCAAAAGAUUGACUCAGCCUUCGGCGCUGACGAAUCGAGUCGGUUCUCGAACCAUCUCCCAACUCCUUCGCACACUCCAACACAAGACCACUUCCUUAACACGAACUUUGGCAGUUACUCUCAAGGCCCAAGCAUGGACUCCACAAUGGGCGCCCACAUGUCGAUGAAGCAGGCACUCAUGGAUCAACAUAACCCAGACGACGAAGUUCCAGGGUUCGGGCAUUCAGGCAGGCAUUCGGUGUCAAGCUAUGGACAGGACUCGCCCGCGACUCCUCACACCGCGCAUGGCGAAGAUUUCGAGGACAAGUUCAAGGUCCCCCCCACUGGUAUGACUAUUCCCGGCAAAGUCGAGUCCUGGUUUGACGAUUACUUACUCUUCGAUGAUGAUUCAGAUAUGAGACACAACGUCCCCAAGUUCGACCAGCUAUCCGACAUGAGCAUGAGCGAGAUAUACAACCCGCCGCUCACCGCUCAGAUGCAACAGUCGGCACUGCAGACCAACGCGAACCCGUCGUUGCUGUCGCCAUAUCGCAACGUCGUCAACGAAAGACUCCAGGCCGCACAGAACGCACGGUCACAAUCGCCAGCAUCGUCAGCAUCAAGAGGCGUCUCACCCUUCCGUCACGGGUCACCUUACGCUGCACCGAGCAGCAGUUUCAGCUCUCCUCACACGAGGGUCGGCACUGCUGCGCACCAACGCGAGGUGGCAAAAGCUGAAGCCGAUGCGCAUGCGCUUAAGAGGAGUAUGAACAAGAACAUCCCCGACGCUCAGCCGACGACAAUAUCACCAAAAGACGCGCUGCUCGACUUCCACGAAGACGAGGACUCCAAGGUGCCUCUAUUCCCAGACAGCGGUGCCAACGACUACGACAACCAGUACCACGCCGCCGACCAAUAUCCAAGCAUGGCUGCCCAACCACAGUACAACACGUCAGAGGACAGCUACCGCCGACAGAACUGGGCCGCGCCACGCUUCUCGCCACAUAACUUUACGAGCUCAGGACCAGCACCGCCGCAAACGAACUUCACCUACGUGCCACCGGCCAUUGCUGGCAACAUGCACGGGCUGCCCUUCCACUCUCAACAAUACCGACCGGCAACCAACAUGGCUGCUCCGUCCGAGACCCCGGAGUUCCCGGCGCAUCUCACGUCGAUGGAGUCGAGUGCCAGUGAGGCCGGGCCCGAAACGGGCAGCACCGCCAGCGAUCACUUCCCAAAACCGACGUCUUCUGCUGCCGACAGUGGCACGUACACAUGCACCUACCAUGGCUGCACGCUUCGCUUCGAAACUCCGCAGAAACUUCAGAAGCACAAGCGCGAAGGGCAUCGCCAGAACCCGGUCGUGACGACGUCGACAACAUCGGCAGUCGGCAGUGGCAUGACAUCAGCGGCGCUCCUGGAGCGGAACUCGCAAGCGGGGCCACACAAGUGCGAGCGCAUCAACCCCACCACCGGCAAGCCGUGCAACACCAUUUUCUCGCGGCCGUACGACCUCACGCGCCACGAGGACACCAUCCACAACAUCCGCAAGCAAAAGGUCCGUUGCGCACUCUGCGUGGAGGAGAAGACGUUCAGCCGCAACGAUGCGCUGACGCGGCACAUGCGCGUCGUGCAUCCAGAGGUCGACUUCCCCGGCAAGCAUCGCCGGCGCGGCGGCAACCAUGACUGA